AAAACCCAACUUGGCUGCAAACUAAUGUCAUCCAUAAACAAAUACUUUCAUUCCAUUAGCUCCUUACAGCGUCAUGACUGUCUGCAGGCUGUAAUCUGCUGCCAGCACGUCGCGGCUGCGCUGGGCGGUCAGGUGCGCGCUGCGGGGGGACGUCCUGGCGCGGCAUCUGUUGUUGACGCCUCCUCAGUCUCGCGCCGGGUCGGACAGGAGGACACACUCCCAGCUGACGAGGAGAAUUAAGUGUUACGUGCGAGGAAAAGCUUUCUAAUCUCUGAUCUCUUGGAUUAUUCCUCCGAUGGACGGGAUUUAGCUCCUGUCUGCGGUUUUUGGGCACCAUUUUACGCACGCUGCGCACUAUUUUUGCGCGCUCAUAUUGGCGCCUCUGGUUUAAUGGAUGAUGGAUUAAACACUCAUUAGUUUUAGCCCACUUUUUGAUUGCAGUGCUCUCGGAACAACUGGAUUAUUAAUGGACUCGCAUCAUGCUAAAUGAUGAUCUUUUGGUCAGUGGAGCGCGCAUGCAGCCGUACGUUGGAUUAAGAGACUUUCCAGCGGGACCAGCACCUGUUUAUUCUCCUGAGACACUUUGACCCGUUUCCCCUGUGAUGGAGAGCGAGCUGAGACCCAGGCUCUGUUUCCUGACCAAAGGAGACCGCGGCUAUGGGUUCCACCUGCACGGUGAGAGGAAUAAAGGCGGCCAGUUCAUCCGGAAAGUGGAGCCCGGCUCCUCUUCGGACCUGGCCGGGCUGCGACCAGGAGACCGGGUGGUGGAGGUGAACGGGGAGAAUGUGGAGAACGAAACGCACCAUCAAGUGGUGGAGCGGAUCCGGGAGGUGCCGCACCGCACCAGGCUGCUGGUGGUGGACCGAGACACGGAUGAUUUCCUCCGCAGCCGGGGCCUGGCGUGCUCCGAGGACCUGGCCGUGGAGAUGGGGACCCUCUCCCCGCGACCUUCUCCCGGGCCGACCCCGUCCACCUCCCCCCUCCCCAGAGAGAACUCACCUCGGUCACCCAACCCCAACCACACACACUCCUUCUUCCCUCUGGCUGCUGCAGACUCACACACCAUCACACAGGCCAAGGUCAAGAGGUCCUCAGUGACAUCCAGCACAGCAACAGACACAGAGCUGCAGGUUCAGCCGUCACCAGAGCCGACAGACGAGCUGUUUCCCCGUCUGUGCCACCUGCUGAAGGGGGAGAACGGCUACGGCUUCAACCUGCACAGCGAUAAGAAGGGAGGACAGUUUGUGCGCUCGGUGGACCCCGGAUCAGCUGCUGAGAGCGCCGACAUCAGGCCCCGAGACAGACUGGUGGAGGUGAACGGAGUGAACAUCGAGGGCCUGAGGCACUCGGAGGUGGUGACUCUGAUUAGAUCAGGAGGGGAGGAGGUGCGCCUCCUGGUGGUGGACCAGGAGACAGAGGAGCUCUUCCAGAGGCUGGGCGUCUCCCCCACCAGCAGCCAUGUCAAAGAGGUCUACCUGGAUGAAUCAGCCUCAGAAAGCGUCCCCCCCACCCCGUCUCCCACCACCGAGCUCCCCACCACAGACCCUCCCAUCAUAAACGUCACGCUGACGGACUCACCCAUCACAGAUACGUCUCCAAAGUCCCGAACCAAUGGGAGCUCAGCAUCUCAGUCCUCCAGGAGCUCCACCACCCAAUCAGAGAUCAGCAGCUCCGACAUGAGCUUCCAGGUCCCUGAUGAGGAUGAACGGCGUGUUUCGGACCCGUUCAUGGAGAACGGCCUGCGUCUGAGUCCAACAGCUGCUGAAGCUAAACAGAAGGUGGUCGCUAGCCGAACCAAGAAGAGAGCUCCUGCUAUGGACUGGAGCAAGAAACAAGAGAUCUUCAGCAACUUCUGACUCCACAACACAAGGAGAGAAAAGAAAUGGGCCGUGAGAUCGGCCUAGGAUGAUGAAUAUUAUGGAGAUUCUUCUUGUAAUCCUAAACACUGCACCACAGUAAAAGAAAGAGUCAUGUGAUAUGGGAAAAAAAGUAACAUUCCUAGAUCCUGUUCUGUGUAAAAGUACAUUGUAAGAUAUCAAAUAGCAUUCUCUAGACCAGUAGUUCUCAACCUUUUUGAGUCGCGACCCCCAUUUUAACAUGCAUGUUGUCCGCGACCCCCACUCACGCACACGCA